AUGUCCGACGAGAAUACUGGAAAGAUGAGUGCAGACGAAGCGGAUGAGCGUGUCUCCAAGAGAGUGCUUCAAGCCCGUUCCAGGCAACAGCAACAAGACGAAUUCGAAGCUGAAACAAAAACACCUCAGACAGUGAAUGGCAAUCAGCGGGACACGAUCACAGACAAACACUCCCAUGAGGCUGAGCAAGAGCAGGAACCCAUCGACCAGGCCACAAACUCGGGAGAAAACUCUGAGUAUCAUGACGACAAGGUGGCCCAAUGGGAGCUGACUUGGGAAAGUAUCCAGCCCCAUACGGUUCAAAAAUACCUCCAAUCUUACCAGACCCAUGUUCAUCACAUGUAUCCCCUCAUCACCAAGGCGAAACUCGACGCCUCUGUCGAUCAGGUCCUGAAGGAGGCGGGCAUCAUGGACUCCGAUGGGCGCCCAACAGGUCUGGGCCAGUGGGAAGGGUCAAAGCCUCUAGCGGGGGCAAAGUUCCGACCCAGCCUCGAGACUGCCCUGGCGUUUCUGGUGCUCGCGUUUGGCAAGCUCUGCGAGUGCAGAAUCCCGGAACUGCAGUACGCAAACCAAAGCCUGGCCUUGGGCUGGCAUGAGCCUGCGCCUUCGACUGCUCAGCAGAAGCGGUACCUUCCAGGUGCCGAGUACUACACUGAAGCAUCGAGGAUGCUGUCCUCCUUCAUUGAAUCCUCUGAGAUGGGCCUCGUCCACGCACAUAUCAUCGCCAGCCUGUACUGCGAACAGCUUGGCCACGUGACGGCGAGCGUGCAUCACAUCAGGUUUGCAGCCAGCGCGCUCAUUGUUGGAACGAACUCCAAGAAGGAUGCUGAACGGAUCACGACAUACUGGAUUUGCCACCAGAUUGAAAGCCACCACCUCAUCCAGACGAACUUCUGGUGGUCUGGGCUCGCCGAAUCCGAAGACAAGUUUCCAUGCCCUGACGUCGGAGAGGCAAUGCACCAACUAGGCGUUACGCCUGAGGCUGCGUGCAGCCUCACCGCAAACACUCACCUGAGCCGGUGGCUGCACCGAAACCUGACGAUCCACUCCCGAACAGAAAUGGAGAGCAGCAUAGAGAAGCAAAUCAGCGUGAUCAAGAGUUUCGAAGACAACGUGGCGCAGAAGAGAGGUCUCUGGCUGGGGCCGCUCAACUUCGAGGACCAUUGGCCCUGGAGCUCGGAUAUCGUGACGGCGCGCACCCAUGCCGCGUUCUGGGAGGCCCGGAUCGAGGUGUACCGGCCGUUCAUCAAGACCUACCAGCAACUGAUGAAAGAUCUGACGUCCAGCCGGGGACAGCAUGGGUCGCCGUACCUCAACCCUGAGAGCCGCCGAAUGUUCCAGACGGGCGUGGACACUCUCCUCAACAGCAUGACGGUGUUCUGCGGCGUGCAGAAAAUGUGUCUCAUCUCCAUGAGCAUGGCCAGCCUGGCGAGAACUCAGAGCCGGAACCUCCUGACCCUCUCCGCCCUCUGUCGAGACCCGCGCAUGGGCUCCUCUGUCAACAUAGACGCUACGGUGGAGCAGACGAUCAGGUUUAUCCAUGAAUGUCUCCAUAAAUCGACCACUUUUCAUCGUGACAAGGACAUCAUUGCGUCGCAGGCGGCGGCUGUCGAUGCGCUCUUUCUGUAUCAUGUCCGAGGCAUCCUGAGUGGCAGAAGCCCGGAGAUCAGCGAGCAAGAUCUAUUAGACGCACUUGAUGUCUGA